UUGAGGUCCCCCAAAGUCUAUACGUAUAUAUUGGUAGUAGUAAAACCUAAAAUCCUCUCACCUAAUUUCCUCUACAUUAAUUAAAUUUCCAUAUAUUUUGCCCAAUCUGUUUAACCAAUUUUCCUACCGCUCGAUCUGAUCGUCCUUUUACUCGAGCGCAAGUGCUUUCCUGUUUUCGAGAGGGGGGAAAAUGGCUGGAGUUUCUGAUGAUCAGGUCACUAGCGUAUGCGGUCACUGUGACAGAGCUAUUCCAGUUUCCAAUAUUGACUUGCAUUUUGCUCAUUGCUCUCGGAAUCUGGAGAAAUGUAAAGUAUGUGAUGAUAUGAUUCCCCGUAAACACGCAGAGGAGCAUUUUCUGAGUACCCAUGCCCCGGUCUCUUGUUCCCUGUGCAGUGAGACUAUGGAACGUGAUAGUUUAGAUGUUCACAAAGGAGAGAAUUGCCCUAAAAGAAUUGUGACUUGUGAAUAUUGUGAAUUUCCACUGCCUGCAAUUGAUCUAUUGGAGCACCAGGAAGUUUGUGGAAAUCGGACAGAGUUAUGUUACAUGUGCCAUAAAUAUAUUAGACUUCGAGAGAUGCAUAACCAUGAAAGCAGAUGCACUGGUGUUGUUAGUAACAUAGCUGAAUCAUCAAGGAACGUAAGGGCACCGGACAGGGAAAGGGGUGCAGGUGCCCCAAGGAGGCAGCCACGCGAGUUCUCACCAAGGCGCCUACUGUUUACCAUUGCGAUAACCGGGAUCGCUGUUCUGUUAGGUUCGCUUUUCUUCCAGAGGAAACCAGACCCGACUCCGGUGAACUAAGAAUGCAUUUACUGAUUACACCUCCUUACUGUAUGGUUUUACAAGACGGUCUAAUGUUGGUUGCGCCUGUAUGGAUCUUUGUAUCAAAUGAGAGACAGUUAUUGUUCCAUUCGGUAAAUAGGUUUAUUUUGUAAAGAAAGGGAAACCGAAUCCCAUUUGAACUGGGAAAGAAUAAAGCAUUCGUUCUUCUUCCAAAA